AUGUUCCUGCGGAGGCCGCCGGCCCUGGCCGCCUGGCUGGCGGGCGCGGCGGCGGUGGGGCGCGCGGGGGCGCGGGGCGGGGGCCUGCUCGCCCUGCUGGCCAAUCAGUGUCGCUUCGUGACGGGCCUGCGUGUGCGGCGCGCGCAGCAGAUCGCGCAGCUGUACGGCCGCCUCUACUCGGAGAGCUCGCGCCGCGUCCUCCUCGGACGCCUCUGGCGCCGGCUGCGAGGCCGCCCUGGCCAUGCCUCUGCCUUGAUGGCGGCGCUCGCUGGCGUGUUCGUGUGGGACGAGGAGAGGAUCCAGGAGGAGGAGCUGCAGAGAUCUGUUGAUGAAAUGAAACGGUUGGAGGAAAUGUCACAUAUGUUUCAGCGCUCUGGAGUUGAAUGCCACCCUCCAGAACCAAAAUCACAGAGAGAAGGAAAUGAAGAUUCAGGGGGCAAAGAACAGCCAUGGGAAAUGGUGAUGGAUAAGAAACACUUUAAGCUCUGGCGGCGCCCUAUUACAGGCACCCACCUUUACCAGUACAGAGUUUUUGGAACCUACACAGAUGUGACACCUCGGCAGUUCUUCAAUGUUCAGCUGGAUACAGAAUAUAGAAAAAAGUGGGAUGCCCUGGUAAUCAAGCUGGAAGUGAUUGAGAGGGAUGUGGUUAGUGGUUCUGAGGUUCUUCACUGGGUAACCCAUUUUCCUUAUCCGAUGUACUCUCGGGAUUAUGUUUAUGUUCGACGGUAUAGCGUGGAUCAGGAAAACAAUGUGAUGGUGUUGGUGUCACGUGCUGUGGAGCACCCUAGUGUUCCAGAGUCUCCAGAAUUUGUAAGGGUCAGAUCGUAUGAAUCCCAGAUGGUUAUCCGUCCCCACAAGUCAUUUGAUGAGAAUGGCUUUGACUACUUGUUGACAUACAGUGACAAUCCCCAGACUGUGUUUCCUCGCUACUGUGUUAGCUGGAUGGUUUCCAGUGGCAUGCCAGAUUUCCUGGAGAAGCUGCACAUGGCCACUCUUAAAGCCAAGAACAUGGAGAUCAAAGUAAAGGACUAUAUCUCGUCUAAGCCUCUGGAAACCGGUAGUGAAGCCAAGGCUACCACCCCAUCUUCCGAGCGGAAGAAUGAGGGUAGUUGUGGCCCUGCCCGGAUCGAGUACGCUUGAAGGGCUUUGGGAUAAGAAGGGACAGGCUGCUUCUAGCCCUGUCUCAGUCCCUUAUCUGCUACAGAACAGGGACAUGUAUUCGAAGGCGUCUGCUGUAACCACCAGGGCAAGAUAACUCAGUAAGUGGUGUCCAGUUUCAUUCAGAGCCCUUAUUGCUCUUUAUCAAAACAGAAGAAGGAGGCAUCCAUGGGGGCGUUGUCAUAUUCUCAGGCCAAGCAUCUUGAAAUUCAGUAUUUCACUGAGCUAAUCUGGAACAAACCUCACCUCAGGCCAGAAGGGGACAACUUCUUUUUGCUUCCUCUGAGUGGUUUCCUCUGCCAACAUUCCAGUUCCCACCAUUGGUUCUGCAGCACUUGGAAUUUCCUUCAGUUCUGAAGGUCCAACUGGAAAGUGCAGUUGGCUGGUUGAGUCUUCAGUGAGGGGUCAUGGGGAGUGCUCUUGGUAACAGUUCUAGUGUUGAAUGGACGUGAACUGUUGUUUGGCAGUGUAAGUGCCUUGACCUCACCCUGCUUCUAUCUUAGGGACAUCAGGUUUGUACCAAGAAAUUUCUCUCUGCCUCUCAGUACUACCCUAUUGACUCGCCCUACCCAAAGCAGUUUCUUUUGCAUUGGUCAGUUCUUCUGUAUUCAUGGACUAUAUUAAUUUGGAUCAUCGCCUCCUUCCUUAGCUCAUUCACCAAGAACACUGGGAAAUUAGUAUUUUCAGAUGGUGGUUUUCUGUGUCAUCAGUGUUUUGAUAGGGUUAAUGGCAAUUCUCAAAACAUUCACACUUUAGGUUUUCUUUUUUUUUAACCUUUGUGUCAAGUAGGAAUUGGGAAAUGGAACAGGAUUUCUCCAUAGUCCCACUGUAUGGAAAACACCAUUUUGAUUCAGGCAUUAUUUUUCACACUUCAGGUUUGACUGGAUGCUGAGGACUUGUCCAUCUUGGAAGGCUAAAGGCAGAGGAAUGGGGGUUGGGCCACUCCCUUGGAGCUCUCAGAGCUGUAGACAAGCCGUGUGAACAAAUAGAUGUAAUCUUCCCCCAAAUACUAAUAUAAUGGGGAUGUGGUUUAUCUGACCCUCUUGUUCCUCUGAAAAUUUUUUCUUCCUCUCUUCAGAGUUAAAAUAAAAGCAAACUACACUGUUUGGAUAAAGUCACAAUCAGAUGUUAUCAGUUUGGCCUGGCUGAUUUUGCUUUGGUCAUGUUGCAAUCUGACAGGAGAAUAGGGAUCAAGUUUUCAAUACUCCCUCCUCUUUUUUCCCUAGAAUUUAAUGGCUGGAUUUUUCCCUACUUGCUGCCCUUUUGUGUUGAAAGGGGGAUCUAAACCUCAGACUGACUUAAAGCCCUUGACAUUUUUGUUGCCUGUUAAGUUUUGUGCCAAGGAAAUAACUGCACCCAUCUUUUCAUGUCUUGACUUCUCUGAGUGGCUGGCAGAACAGAAAGAUAAUGUCGACCGGUCCCAGCUUCUUUUUCAUUGAUCAUUUCUUUCUUCUCAUCCCCAGGACUUGACAGAAGCCAGGGAAAGUUUCCCUGGGUUACGUCUGAACUUAGCACCUGUGAUUGUUGGGGCAUGGAUGGGUGUGGGCAGAGUGUGUGAGUGCGCAGGUGUUAAUGAGCUGUGUGUUGCUCAUGUUCUGAUUUUUGGCAACUGGACUCUGUAGUUGGGGUCAGUCACUUACGACAUUGUAAUGAUUUCACUUCUAACUGUGACAUUUUUAUCAAAUGUGUGAAUAAAUAUAUAAAGAUUGGUACAAAAGAGUGUUUGUGUUUGGACAUGUGGUGGUGGGAAAUCUUGUAUAUUGGACUAAUUGUUCCUUCCUGAUCAGAAAGUUGAAAAGAGUGUUUCUACUCAGGGUUGGCUCGUGGAAGUAGCAGGGUGUGGUCUUCCUUGGUAGGGCUGACACACAACUAACCACUUUGCCUUGACCAUGAGCCCUUUCCAGGUGAUCGGUUUGGCAACUGAAAACAAACCCAUCUAUUUCCAUUUCCUUGUCUUGAUCUGUUAACCCAUAUCCUUUGCUUUUAAAGAAGGAUCAACUUGAGGAAAUAGUGUUUGAGCUUUGCUGACAGUGAAACUUGGAAAGGGAGCAAGGAAAGGGGGAGAGGAUUUGAGCAAGCCAGGUAUAGGGUAGGAGGCAGACCAGGGCUCUGGCUGGAGAGGGAGGGUGGUGAGCUCAAACCCCACUUGACUUGGUGGGAAGUAGGGUCACACAGGCAGUUUUGCUAGAGUGUCAGUUUGUUGCAAGGCAAUUGAUAUAUUAGAGCUACUUUAGAGCAUAACCUGAAUUUUGAGUUUAUGUGUGAUUCUGCCUGUGGGAAACAAUAGGUGAACACAAAUGUACACCUGAACUAUUAAAACUCUUUUCUCCAAAUUGUUCUAAGGUAAUCACUGGAAAGCUGUCUGUACUUGUAGAUUACUUGUUAGACGUUGUAAUGCUUAUGGGUGCACAUGUGUCUGUAUAACCUUAAAUUUGGAAAGUUGGUGGUUCUGGCCUCCGUCCUGCUACAGAGGCCCAUGCACAUGGCUUCCCUGAUGUGGUUCUCUAGGCUCUGUAUUAACACUUCCACUGAGAAACAUCUGAGUUCUGAGAGCAACAUUUCCAUUGUUGGACAGCUGUGUCUUUCAGGAAGUUCUUUACGUGGAGACUAAAUGUGCCACCUCAUCGUCUACCAGUGGGUCAAGCGGGUCAAGCCCUGUCUUUGGAGCGACACAAGAAAAUGUUCCAUGGGAUAGUACUUCACAUUCUUGAAGACAGUGCUCAUGUGACCCUAACCUUUUCCCAGGCUUUAUGUCACCAGCAGCUUCAAAAGUCCUCCCAACUCUAUUUUGAAAAAUUAAAAUAAAACCUUGUAUACCCUUUCCCUACCAUUGCUGGUUGUUAACUUGCUAUGGUGUGUGCUUUGUCUUUAUAUAUACACUUUGCUGUGGACUGAACUGUGUCUCCCUAAUGCCCAGUGUGAUAGGGUUGGAGAUGGGGCCUUUGGGUGAUGAGAUUUAGAUGAGGUGGUGAGGGUGGAACCCUCCAUGAUGGGAUUAAUCCCUUUAUAAGAAGAGACACCAGAGGUUUGCUUGUUCUCCCUCUCCACCAUUGUGAGGACGCAGGGAAGCUGUUGGCAAGCCAGGAGAGUGUUCUCACCAGGAACAGAAUUGGGCAGCAUCUUGAUCUUAGCCUUUUAGCCUCCCAAACUGUAAGAAAUAAAGUUGUGUUGUUUAAACUA